AUGAAGAUUUUAACACACAAUAUGAUGGCUUGCACUAAAAAGCAAUGUAUGGGUAAAGGUUUCCCAUUAAAAGUAGAAAGCACAGAACAAAUUGUAUUAGAACAAGAAUUCAACUAUGAAUUCACUAAAAAUAUAUAUCCAAAACUUGAUUGGUUAGGAAUUGCUGAAAUCUCAAUAAAAUUUAAUAUACCAAUUCAAUUAGAUACAACAAAACAUUCUUUAGAAGAUGAAGAAUUUUUAAAAACUUUACAUAAUUUACUUUGUAAUCUUAAAGUUAUUACAGGUAGUUUAACAUGUCCAAAUUGUCAAAGAGUUUAUCCAAUUGAUAAAGGUAUUCCAAAUAUGUUAUUAAGAGAAGAUGAAAUUUAUCAAGAAAUUAAAGAAUAA